AUGGCCACCACCACUGCUCAGCCGAUGGGGAGUCUGCCCAGCGGGCUGGGGAUCUGCACCACGGCCCCGGAUGUGUUCUACCUGCCCGAACUGGUGUUUGGCGGUUUGGUGUGGAUCCUGGUGGCCUCGACCCUGGUGGACCCACCGAACCCUCUGGGCUGGGUGAUGUUUGUCUCCGUCUUCUGCUUCGUCAUGACCUUCCUCUGGAUGGUCAUCUUCGCCGCCAGAGGUCAUAAGAACAGCUCUGGCUGGGCUGCUGCUGACUUUGCUUACCACGGCCUGGCAGCCAUCUUCUACCUCAGUGCAGGAGUGGAUCUGGCUUUCAUCACCAUCCUGAGCAAAGGAGAGUCAAAGAUCUACAAGAUCGACAUCGCUGCUGUGGUCUUUAGGAUCUUUGCACACCCUGCCACCCUCCUCUACUUCAUCCACGCCAUCCUCUCCUCCAUCAGAUGGAAAAACUUCUGA